GCAAUUUGGAAGCUACGUUUCCUUUCGUUUUGGAAAUCACCGUUCCGGUGCUUCGACUGCAUCUAUCUGGGUCUGACGCGCGCUCGCUAUUGGCAAGGCAACUCUAGAUUUCUUCACGAACGAUUUUUCAGACAGAAAGAAUAACGUUUCCUGAAAGUUUUGCUUCUUGUCGGUUGUCAUUUGAUUUCUCAAUCGAGUAUCCUGUUCUUUUCCCAUCUGCGAUUCUUUUUUUUUGUCUACAGAAACCAAACCCGAAAUCGCCAUCCCGAAUUCGCCCAUUUACUGCUUACCACUCCUGCACUCCAUAACAAGUUCCGAUAAUGGAUGACGUGAAAGAUAAAUUCAAAGGAUUCAUGAAAAAAGUCAACAAUCAGAUCUCUUCCUCUUCUUCUGGCAAAUUCAAGGGCCAUGGCAGAGUUUUGGGAUCAGCUGCUUCCGGAUCAGCCACUAAUUCAACAAUUCCAAUUUACUCGAAUUCCAGGCCGAUCCGACCCGCAAAUUCCACUCCCGUCCCUCAGCAGUCUAAGACUCGGGAGCAAAAGCUCGAUUAUAAACCGGAAGUUCAGGUUAACCCUGAACAUAAUCUCCCUCAAAGUCCCGAUAUUCCUGCGGCGGGAAAGGGAAAUGGAUUCGAUCCGUACGGUUCUUUGAUCACCUCUGCUAAGAGAAACACUAAUGGUUAUGAUCUGAAUGUGUUUGAGUGCCCUGUUUGUGGAGGAGGAUAUGGUUCAGAGGAAGAGGUUUCGGCUCACGUGGAUACCUGUUUGAGCUCCCAAAUGACCAAAUCUUCAACCCUUUCCAUAAAUUCCCAGAGUAAUCGUGAGACGGAAAAAAGUCAGCUGGAAGUGCUUGUCACUGCUUAUCUUUCUGGGAGCCCAAAAGGUUCUUUAGAAGUCAUACUUAGGCUUUUGAGCAAUAUCCUAAAGGAACCCGAGAAUGCAAAGUAUAGGAAGAUUAGAAUGGGGAAUCCGAAGAUAAAGGAGGCAAUCAGUGAUGUGGCUGGAGGCGUGGAGCUAUUGGAGUUUGUGGGGUUUGAAUUGGCAGAUGUGGAUGGGGAAGUGUGGGCUGUUAUGGACGCUCCACCAUCAGAAGAAAAGAUUGUUUUGCUUAAGAAGACACUCUCUUUACUGGACCCCACCGCGGUACAGAAAGAAGAGAAUGUUCCCCUAGAAAGGGAUCUUGCUAAGGAAGAGGAACCAGCUAAACCAAAGAAGAUUGAUAGACAGAUUCGGGUGUUCUUUGCCGUUCCUGAAAGUGUAGCAGCUAAAAUUGAGCUGCCAGAUUCUUUCUUUAACCUGUCCCAUGAGGAAUUGAAAAGAGAAUCAGAAACAAGGAAGAAAAAGAUUGAAGAAUCCCAACUUUUGAUUCCUAAAUCAUACAAGGAAAAGAUGGCAAAAGCUGGAAAGAAGAGGUAUUCAAAAACUGUAAUCCGGAUUCAAUUCCCAGAUGGAGUGGUACUUCAAGGGGUAUUUUUACCAUCAGAGCCAACUUCUUGCCUUUACCAGUUUGUGAGCACGGCUUUGAAGGAUCCGAGCUUGGAGUUUGAGCUUCUACACCCUGUGCUUAUUAAAAGACGGGUAAUACCAUGUUUCCCAGCAGUAGGAGAAAAAGCUAGAACGCUGGAGGACGAGGAUUUGGUACCAUCGGCUCUGAUAAAGUGCAAGCCCAUUGAGACCGAUUCCGUUGUGUUCACAGGUCUCUCUAAUGAACUACUAGAGAUGAGUGAACCUCUUGUGAAUAAUUAUAAUGCUGUGGUAGGAACAUAGUAGUUUGUCUAUAUGAAUUGUUUAUUACACAAGGAUCAUAUAUAUAUUUGGUAAUAAUAUGUCCUUUUAUGCGUAUUUGUAUUGUUGUUACUUUUUUGUUUGUUUCAAUACACAGCAUUUGAUGGGUUUAUCAUAAAUUUGAAUGUACAGUUUCCAUCU